AUGGUUCACGAGUCCUUGGCGCUUCUACCUUCGUGCCGAGCCCAAGGAUACGAGCAGCAAGGGAAGCAAGCUCCUGCUAGCAACCCCAACGAUCCCGAUAGCUUGGACGGUGAUCCAGAAGGAGAAAAUAAAGGGGGAAGCGAGUGUAAUGGGCACAAAGGAAGAGGAGGAGGACACGGUGGCCCGACGAAAGGACAAGGAAAUAAGCCGCCAAGGGACCCUGGACGAGACCCUGGACGAGGAUACGAACCCCCGGCGAACCUGGGCCAAACCGACCCCUUACUAGCACCCCUUUUUCGACCCGAGUGCUGGCCAAGCACUCCUUUCAGCACUCCUCUCAGCACUUCUCUUAACACUCCUCUCAAACCUCCCUUCAGCGCACCUCAAGCAAAGCUGAUUCCGACGACCUUGAGAACGAGUACGAGUGCUUUAUUCAAGGCUGCCAAUACGGGGGAGAGCAUUGCGAGCACUUCGCAAAUUGACGAAAGAGUUGCCGGUGUCGGUAUAUUUAUAUCGACCUUAGCUAAAGGAAUCAGCUCCCUUGAACUUGAGGGAGCAGUUAGACUUCAGAUACCUUUACAACCGAGUGUUUUGCAAUUGCAAGUGCUUCUACAGUACUUUGACGACGUCACGACUUUUACGAAUAUUACGAAGAGAUCGCUAUCGGCGAUCCAACAAAAUGGAUUAGUGAAGGUCUUCGUCACAAUCCUGAGAAUCCUCCGCAGGCUCCUUGCGAAUGUCGCUAAUAAAGUCUCUCCGUCAGAACAAGAGAAGAGAAGAUGA